AUGUCCUCAGCCAACGCCAAGAAGUGGGAGGUGGAAUUGGCAACCCUGAAGAGCAACAACCUGCGACUGACAGCCGCCUUGCAAGAGAGCACCGCCAACGUUGAUGAAUGGAAGAGGCAGCUUCAUCAGUACAGGGAGGAGGUGGCUCGCGCCAGGCACUAUGCUGGAAAAGGCGCGGAGGCCAACGAAGUCGAGCAACUGAGGCAGCGCGUGGCGCAACUGGAAGCCGAACUCGCUCAGAAGAAUGAGGAGCUUGCGCAGAUCACCAAGUCGCGCAAGAGCGAGCAGGACGCAGAGGCUAAAUUAGCCCAAAGCCAGCUGGAGUUAGCGCUUGCAGCCCAAGACGGACAGAGGCAGGUCAUACAGGCGCUCAACGACCAGCUGGCCAGGCAACUAGAGGAGCUGAUCGUAUGUAUCAAAGUGUAA